AACGCGCGCGUUUGGUUUGUUUUUUUAUCAUUCACGUAAAUUCGUUCUGUCAGUGAUUUGCUGUUUUUGCGUUUUCAAAAAGAUAAUUUUAUCUUUAUUUUCUCGAGUAUUGAAGCAAAUUGUUGCUGUUUAAGUCAGUAAAGAGUGGUAAAUUUUGGGAAAUUUAUAAAUAUUUCUCAAGCUCUUAUCAACAUGGCUGAUGAAAUGCCACACAACAAUGGAAGUGGCGAUGCUGAAGAACAAAGACCAAAUGGACCAAACGGUGGCGCAGAUGAAGGCGACGCUUGGGGCAGCCACGAGGCCUCCGCGCCCCGGCCCUCUGCCAAGAUGCCUGUCGACAGGAACGCUCCCUACUACAACAUGAACCACAAGAAGCGCGGAAUGGCGAUAAUUUUCAACCACGAACACUUUGAUAUUCACAGCCUGAAGUCGCGCAGUGGCACUAAUGUUGAUAGUGACAACUUGUCAAGAGUGUUAAAGGGACUGGGCUUCCAAGUCUCUGUGAUGAACAACUUGAAAUCUGCGGAUGUCAACAGAUACAUUCAACAAACUGCUGAAAUGGACCACUCUGACUUCGACUGCUUGUUGAUUGCUGUGCUGACCCACGGGGAAAUGGGCCUGUUGUAUGCCAAGGACACCCACUACAAGCCUGACAACCUCUGGUAUUACUUCACAGCUGAUAAAUGCCCCACAUUGGCAGGUAAACCUAAACUGUUCUUCAUUCAAGCUUGCCAAGGAGAUAAGUUGGAUGGAGGUGUGACUCUGAAAAAUCGCACUGAAACCGAUGGCUCCUCCAGUGCCGUAUACAGAAUUCCUAUUUUUGCUGAUAUCCUGAUAGUGUACUCCACGGUGCCGGGGUACUACUCGUGGAGGAACACCACACGGGGCUCGUGGUUCAUGCAGGCGCUCUGCGACGAGCUGCGCUACUCCGGCACUGAGAGGGACAUCCUGACUCUCUUGACUUUUGUUAGCCAGAGAGUGGCUCUAGACUUUGAGUCCAACACCCCCGACACACCGUGCAUGCAUCAACAGAAGCAAGUCCCGUGCAUUACUAGUAUGUUAACCCGUCUUCUUGUGUUUGGAAAUAAGAAGUAAUUUUCAAUAACAUGUCACCUUUUUUUAAUUAGUGAGAACUUAAAAUAGUUACAUUUUAGCAUUCCUUUAGUACAUGUAGUAUUAAUUAUUUUUUAGGAAAAUAUGCUAAAACUCAGUGUUUGUCUUAGGACUUUAAAAAGUGAGCCUAACUGCCAUAUUGUACUACUUUUUAAGGUUUUAAAAGUUAGUUAAUUAAGUAUAAACCAACUGUUACAUAGCUAUUCAAAUACUAUGUAUGAUCAAAAUAUGUGAGAUUUUUUAAUGUCAAAAAUGUAGUUUAAUCUUUUUAUCUCUGCUGUUCUAUGAUCUUUGUAUGCAUUUAAAUAAUAAUUAUCUUCAAUUUGCUUAAUUGAUAUGUAGCAUGACAUAUUUUUUUUACUUAUGUUAUGUAAGUACUUACCUAUUAUCUUUCUAUAAGUUUCAUGGUUAAGUUCUACUUAAUUAGAUUGAGUCAUUCCUAUUCAUUAUAUUUUUCGGUUUGGUCAGAUAUUAUUUAGCUUAUUGAUGGAUGUUAUAAGUGUUUUGUUUAAAACGGCAUUUAUAAUCACUAUAGUAAAUUUCUAAGCACUUUUUACACACAAAAUUAUUCUUAAAAUAUGUGCUUGUAUACUACAUAUUAGUAAAUGUUAUGCCUAGAUUGUCAUCGUUUAAUGCAAUGUGCACAACUUAGCACAAUAGUGCUACUUAAACUGUGUCAAUAUUAUCAAACUGUGCUCAAAUAUUUAAUUCAUAAGAGUAUCUUUAAAAGAACAAAAAACCUUUUAUUUCAUUUGAAACAAAACUUGUCUGAUGGACUAGUGUGAUAAAUGGAACGACUGAUUUUAUAUGUAGCAUGAAGUAGAAAUUGAAAGUCUUUGGAAGUGGUUUAUUAGAAAUAUCAAAUAUCAAUGAUGAUGACUGUGAGGGGAGCUACCUCAAGCUGAUUUGGAUCUCAAUUAUGUGCCUUGUAAGGAAAUGUGGGAAUGAAACUGUAUUACUGACAUACCAAUUUUCAAAAUUCUAUAAUAUAUAUUUUCUCCUCACAGUAUUUUCAUGAAAAAAUAAUGUAUUAAGUUAGAUCUUAUUUUUAUAAAGUUUAAUAAAUGGUUUCUACCAAAAA